GGUAGAGGAAGAGGAAAGAACCGUGCCACUGACGAACGUCGACAGCUCCCGUGACCCAGUUCCCAGCCGCAGCCACACAAACAGACCGCCCCCUCUCGUGCUCUCACCCUCCGUUCCUCGUCGCCACUCGCGUGCCGUGCCGUGUGAGUGACCCUCGUCGCGACUCGCGUCGCUAGGAUGAGAUAGAAACGAAACCGGCCCCCACACCCGGCUCGCUCGCAUGAAGCAAUCGCCGGCGUCUACUGCAGUCUCCGACUCUGGGAUGCUGGGCCGCCGCCUCGCCUUGCUCCCGGCGGCGACCGUCGGGCGCGGGGGUAGGACGACGCGGGCGCGGAUGACGAUGGGGUGCGUGCUGCUCGACCACGUGGCGCCGCGGCUCGCGGUGGCCUCGGCCACGCUCGUGGGUGCCCGGGAGGUGAUCGCGGCGGCUGCCGCCGCGGGCGCGGGGGGAAGCGGCGCGGUGCACGGCGCCGUGGCGUCGACGCUCGCGCAGGUAGCGGUCACGGCCGUGGCGAUUGCAUCGGGGGCGUGCCUUUCGACCAAGGUCGACUUCCUCUGGCCUCGCAUCGACCAGUUGCCAGCAGAUACUCUUAUAUUUGAAGGAGUGGAGGUGACAGGAUACCAGAUAUUUGAGGAUCCCAAGGUGCAGAAAGCAAUAGAAUUUGCUAGUACAGCCCACCUUGGGCAAUUUAGGAGAACAGGGGAUCCAUAUAUUACACACUGCAUACACACUGGAAAAAUUUUAGCUGCCUUGGUUCCGUCAACUGGAGAAAGAGCUGUUAACACAAUUGUGGCUGGCAUUCUUCACGAUGUUGUUUGUGAUACAUCAGAGAGCUUGAAGAGCAUAGAAGAGCAGUUUGGGGCUGAUGUUGCUAGCUUGGUAUCUGGUGUAUCAAAAUUAAGCUACAUAAACCAGCUACUUCGCAGGCAUCGACAAAAAAAUACUGGUGGGAGCACUCUUACUUCAGAGGAAGCAAAUAAUCUACGUGUUAUGUUAUUGGGGAUGGUUGAUGAUCCUCGUGUGGUGCUCAUCAAGCUGGCAGAUCGCUUGCACAAUAUGCGGACAAUUUAUGCUCUUCCUGUACCUAAAGCUGAAGCUGUUGCUCAAGAGACAUUGGCUGUCUGGUGCUCACUUGCUUCUCGAUUGGGAGUCUGGGCUUUGAAAGCUGAGCUGGAAGAUUUAUGCUUUGCUGUCCUCCAGCCUCAAAUCUUCAAGAAAAUACAAUCUGAACUUACUUUAAUGUGGAAUCGUACCGGAAAAUCUAAAAAUAUGAGAAGAUCAUCAAUUCGAAACGAAUUACUUGCUUCAAUGAAAGAUGGGAAUAUGGUGUCCAUCAAUGAUUUGUUUAGUUCAUGUAACCAAGAAAGACCAAAUAUGAAGGACUUAUUGCAGGCAGUUUUGCCAUUUGACAUCUUUUUGGAUCGGAAGAGGCGUUCAUACUUCCUUAGCAAUCUCAAUAGUAAUUCUGGAGAAUCUAUACCAAAUCCUAAGAUAGUUGACGAUGCUGCUGUUGCAUUAGCAUCUUUAGCAUCUUGUGAGGAAGAACUUGAGCGAGAAUUACUCAUAUCAACAUCGUACAUACCUGGGAUGGAAGUGACUUUGUCGAGUAGACUCAAGAGCUUGUACAGUAUCUACUGCAAGAUGAAAAGAAAAGAAGUAGGAAUUAGGCAAGUGUAUGAUGCUCGUGCAUUGAGGGUGAUUGUUGGAGACAAAAAUGGUGCCAUGCAUGGAUCUGCUGUCCGGAGUUGUUACAGCAUCCUUGAUAUAGUACACAGGCUAUGGACUCCAAUUGAUGGGGAGUUUGAUGACUACAUUAUCAAUCCUAAGGGUAGCGGUUACCAAUCACUACACACAGCAGUUCAGGCAUCUGAUAGCUCACCGCUGGAGGUCCAGAUUAGAACCCAGCGAAUGCAUGAGUAUGCAGAACAUGGACUUGCUGCUCAUUGGCUGUAUAAGGAGAGCAAAGUUGAGUACAGAAGUAGCAUGAGUAAGAGAAUAAGACAAAGUACAUCAUAUUCAUCUAGUUCUUCAGAAGAUGAAAGUUCUGUACAGGAUGAUAUCCCAUCAAAGUACAGUUCAAUGAAAGUGGGGCAUCCAGUGCUAAGAAUUGAAGGUAGUCACUUACUAGCAGCUGUCGUAGUCAGUAUAGAUAAAGGAGGAAAGGAAUUGAUUGUUGCUGUAAGUUUUAGUCUUGAAGCUUCUGAAGCUGUAGCUGAGCUAAGGUCAUCUUUUCAGUUGAAGCGUUGGGAAGCCUAUGCUAGGCUUCAUAAAAAGGUUUCUGAGAAGUGGUGGUGUGCACCUGGACAUGGUGACUGGUCAACAAAUCUGGAGAGGUACACACUAUGCCAGGAUGGGAUAUUUCAUAAGCAAGACCAAUUUGGGAGACUUUUACCUACAUUUAUUCAAAUAAUUGAUUUGGCGGAAGAGGAAGAGGAAGAGUAUUGGAUGGUUGUAUCUGCCAUAUUCGAGGGAAAGGAAACUUGCAGUCUACCAUCUGAAUCGAGUUAUGCUGAUAAAUCAUCAUCUGAACCUCCAAGUUCUACUCCAUUAAGCGACCCCAUCAACAAUAAGGUGCAUUUGCUCAGAACCAUGCUUCAAUGGGAGGAGCAAGUUCGUCGUGGCGCAUCUUUGGCAGAGAAAAGUCUCAGUGCAAGCAUCUGCACAAAGGCAAUCCUGCGUGAGGUGGCCAUAAUAUUCUGGCCUAAUGGCAAGAUUAUGAGAAUGAGCACUGGUAGCACAGCUGCUGACGCUGCUAGAAGAAUGGGCGUCGAAGGGAAGCUGCUCUGGGUUAAUGGCCAACUAGUGCUGCCCCAAACAGAGCUAAAGGAUGGGGAUAUAGUUGAAGUGAGGGUAUAGAUGCAAGUACCAGAUUCCAGUACACCUUCCUCAGGGUUAUUGAUCAUAUUGGUUCCUCAGUUCUUGCCCUAUCUUGGCAAUGCAUCGAACCUCAAUUGUACAGUCCAUUUGUCGAAAUGAAUCGAAGAAAGAAGGAUUAGGUCCAGUAAGUGUUGUGUCAUACAAGAGUUCACUGUGUACAUAAGAAACUGCAAGUAUAAAAGCUGUCUGUCCAGCUGUGCUUCUCCUUGCCCAUAGUUACAGUGGUAAUGUAAAUUUCCGUAAGUAAAGAUGUAGUAAUGUUUAGUUAGUGGUCCACAUUUCAGCGUGAAGUUAUGAAGUGCAGUAGCGCUGCAAGUUUUUUUUUAUAUAUGUCCAAAGUAGAUGUCUCAUGCUGCCUAAAAAAGAUGUCCAUGUCCCGUAAUUUGGCAAGCCAAGAUUUUCAACGUUGUUUGGUUUGUGGAGUCAACC